UGUUAGCAGACUCUGUAAUUGUAGGUGUGGCAUUUAUUCAGUUAAACGCAACAAAGUGUCGAAAGACAGUCGUCACCAAGAACAUACAGAAAAUGUCCGUGCAGCUGACAGAAGAACAGAUAGGAGAGUUUAAGGAGGCGUUCGCGUUGUUCGACCAAGAAGGCGACGGGACCAUCACCACGCAGGAGCUGGGGGUCGUCAUGAGGUCACUGGGAAGGAACCCGACAGAAGCACAGCUACAGGAGAUGAUGAACAACGCAGACGCUGCAAGGAGCGGGACUAUCGACUUUGCGGACUUCCUGAAGCUGAUGGCCAGCAAGAUGCUGCAGACGGACGUGCAGGAGGAGAUACUACAGGCCUUCAGGGUCUUCGAUAAGGAUGGGGAUGGUUACGUCAGCGCUGCGGAGCUGCGUCACGUGAUGACCAACCUGGGAGAGAAGAUCUCAGCAGAGGAGCUGGACGAGAUGUUCCAGGUGGCCAAUGUGGACGCCAACGGACAGAUCAACUACAACGAGUUCGUCAGGGCAAUGAUGACGGAAUGAUAAAACAACAUGACGACAAUGACGUCAUUGACCUUGAAAAAAAACAAUAUGGCUGACAUGAUGAUGACAUCUGUUGGCAAUGAUCAUGAUAUCUCUGACGUAAAACAAUAAUUAAGUACACAAGCACAGCAAAAUGCAUUGUGGGUGAUAUGUCAAAGGUGAAGGCCCCUAACCUUGCUUGAUGUAUCUUGGAGAAUAUCCCAUGAUACCGUGACCCGACCUCUGCUUGGAGAAUACUUGC